AUCCUAUGGUACCAUCGCUGUAGGUAGUAUUAUUGCGCAUGCAUUUGGACACACUAUUACUUACUGACUUAACUUAUUUUCUUUAUAUAGUUGCUUCGCACAAGUUUGAAAUUAACACAAUGAUUAUUCCAAUCCGAUGUUUUACGUGUGGGAAAGUUAUUGGAAAUAAAUGGGAGAAAUACCUUGGACUGUUGCAAGCAGAGUUCACGGAGGGGUAUGGACGUAUUUACAUUUUACUAUUAUUCUUAAUAAAAUCGCUAGUAAAAAAUACAAAGUCAUCUGGCUUAUAUAGACAAAGUGAAGAUAGGGCAUUAACCAUAAUAUCUGGUUUUGUACCUACAUGAGUAUAUGUCGCAAAACCCAGUGCUUUAGAAGUUGGGGGCGGAGCCCCCUUCUUCAAACUCUUGGGGGGCUGAGCCCCCUUCUACUUUAGAAAAUCGAGAAUUUAUUAUGUCACAAACGAGAUAAGGAAGAUAAGAAAGGUAAAGACGAUAAGUAUGGAGAAUGCAAUUUAAAUUACGCUUAAAUAAGGUAUUAAAUUUCGAAGAAAAAUAUCUAUUCAGGAAAAAUGUACUAAGCGAAUACCCGUAUAUAAUGGCUUGCUUUUACCCCUAUAUAAUGGCUUGCUUAAGAGUCGUUCAAGAAAUUUUUAAGAGAAACUAGCAGGUUUUAUUGCAUUUCCGGGGCUCUGAAAAGUCUCAGAUUUCAAAAUUUCCCGGACACCCCAGUUCCAGAAGGCUCACGCCUUUGGCGUUCACUAGCCCCCCCCCCCCCAAUCAAAAAAUGCCGCCGCGGUAAGGGCUAUAGAUUUACCCCUGCCCCCCCCCCGGUCAUCGUAUGGCUCACGCCUGGUCAUCGCAUGACGUCACGUUUUUUUACAAUUUCACGGCUUCACGCUCGUCAAGAGACCCCCCUCUGGUAAUUUUAGUUCUACAGCACUGGCAAAACCCAAUGUUAAGUACUAUAAAAUACGAUAUACAUCUAUAGUGUAUGGAUGUAUAUGUUAAGGCCCGUUUACACGGGCGAUUUUUGCUGCGAUUUUCUCCUUUUGGAGGAUGUAAAGGAGUGGAUAUCUGGAUGAGUUAUAAAUGUUCCAGGUUAUGAAAUCUCAUAACAACAUCAUUAAGUAAUCUACUCUUUCAGAUCCUCCAAAAGGAGAAAAUCGCAACUAAAAUCGCAGCAAAAAUCGCACGUGUAAACGGGCCUUUAUGGCAUAGCAAUUCCAGUCCUGCCAGGCGACCAAUACUUUCAUUUUCUGAAUUAUUGACAUGAACUUGUUGCAAUAAUUUAUAAUAAAUUAUGUUGUUUAAAAAAAUAAAGGAAAGGACCGUGUAUUUUGAAAGACGUCAAAGUGAUCUUGUCCUUCAGAUUUCUGUAAAGGGCGGACCAUUAUUGGAGAAGCGAUGGGGAAAGUGGGGAAUUUUCAGGUUCCAUGAAUUUUUUCGGUUGUUGGGUUGUGCAGGAUUCUUUUGCGGAAUUUUCAAAGCUUCUUUGGCUUCCUUGUUGCAUGACAAUUUUUCUUUUUUUCCCAUCACUUCCCUAAUCGUCCAUUCCUAGUAAAUACGCACGAAAGAUGUUGAAUGAAAAGUAAAAUACGAAACGACAUAUAAAUACCAAACGUGUACUAUAUGCAAUGAAAUUAUUUAACAAACUUUGAUAUUGAUGUUCUUUUUUCCAAGGGAUGCAUUGGAUCAUCUUGGCUUGAAGAGAUACUGCUGUCGUAGAAUGUUAUUGUCACAUGUUGACCUUAUUGAGAAACUUUUAAAUUACGCUCCAUUAGAGAAAUGAUUUUAAAAUGAGCAUGGAUAUACAUGUGUUCUGGUAGUGAAACAAUCAUUAAAUCGUGGUUCAGAAAGACAUUCUGAUGUUUUUGCCUUUUGUGAAAAAGCAGUAUUGCGUUUUUAAAAACUGACAUGAUUGAAAGUGGUGUUGAUUAAAACCAUGCAUGUUUUCAUUCCUUUAUUUGUUUAACUACUGCAAAUUCGGGUCUUUGCAUAUCAUCCUAGUUACUGACAUGUAUCGCUUAGUGAGAUACGGUCGAUGUAAAUUAGAAAUUGCUUUG